AUGAUAUAUAUUCUUAUGCUGGCUUCCAGGAACAGCUCUUCUCAUCCUGUGUCCUUUGUUCUGCUUGGAAUCCCAGGACUUGACAGUUCCCAGUUCUGGAUUGCCUUUCCAUUCUGUGCCAUGUACGCUGUCGCUGUUCUGGGCAAUAUCACUCUCCUUCAUAUAAUCCGGACAGACCUCACGCUCCAUGAGCCCAUGUACCUCUUUCUGGCCAUGCUGGCUGUCACUGACCUGGUCCUCUCCUCCUCCACCCAACCUAAAAUGCUGGCCAUACUCUGGUUUCAUGCUCAUGAGAUUGGCUACCAUGCCUGCCUCACCCAGGUGUUCUUCAUCCACACCUUUGCUUCUGUGGAGUCCGGGGUGCUCAUGGCUAUGGCCUUGGACCGCUAUGUGGCUAUCUGCUUCCCACUGCGCCACUCGAGUAUCCUGACCCCAUCUGUUGUGGGCAAACUGGGGGCAGUUGUGAUGCUAAGAGGGGUGCUGUGGGUGAGCCCCUUCUGCUUCAUGGUCUCCAGAAUGCCUUUCUGCCAGAACCGGGUCAUUCCUCAAUCAUACUGUGAGCACAUGGCUGUGCUGAAGCUGGUGUGUGCUGAUACCACAGUAAAUCGUGCAUAUGGACUCUUUGUGGCCUUCUCUGUGGGUGGCUUUGAUAUAAUUAUCAUCAGUAUAUCCUAUGUCAUGAUCUUGAGAGCUGUGCUGCGGCUGCCCUCAAGUGAAGCCCGGCUCAAGGCUUUUGGCACAUGUGCUUCCCAUAUCUGUGUUAUCUUAGCUUUGUAUAUCCCAGCCCUCUUUACUUUCCUCACCCACCGCUUUGGCCAUCAUGUGCCCCAAGUGGUACACAUCAUGUUUGCUAAUGUCUACCUACUGGUUCCUCCCAUGCUCAACCCCAUCAUCUAUGGAGUUAGAACCAAACAGAUCCGGGAUAGGGUUAUACAGGGAUGUUGUGGCAAGGACUCCUGA